UAUAUAGAGGGGUUUGGCGGGGUUGGGUCUAGCAUUGGGACUAGUCCAGCUGGCUGGAUUUGGGUAGGGACCUGAGUCCGAUUUUAGCCUACGCAAAAAAACAAAAAUAAAAAAAAAAUGAAAGAAUUGCUAGUGAGUUGUGUAGCAAGCAAGGUCCCCAGGGCUAUAUCUGACUCACCCUCCCCACGUGACUAAUGCAAACCUUAAUUUCGCUUUCUCCCAUCUGCAAUAUCUUAUUCAUUCAUUCUCCGUCACCUCGCUUACAUCACCCAGUUUAACUCUUCUCCUCAACUCAAGUAAACAAAAAUCAAAUCAUGGCUUCUACUAGUUUGAUUUAUUCUCUACUUGUCCUAUGCUUUGCUAGUUCUACUUAUGGUGAACCAAUCCUCUUCUCAUCCCUCCAAAAAAGUCUCUUGGUUGAAGCCUCACCGAAUCCAAAUCAAGUGUUGAAAUCAGGAGAAGACAAGAUAACGGUAACAUGGGGAUUAAACCAAAGUUUCUCAGAUGCCGAAUUCAAGAAAGUACAAGUAAAACUCUGCUUUGCUCCAAUCAGUCAAAAAGAAAGAGCAUGGAGGAAAUCAGAGAGUGAAAUAUCCAAAGACAAAACUUGUCAAUUCACCAUUCUUACAAAACCAUACUCCAUAUCAUCAUCAAAUGAGAGUUUUGAAUGGACAAUUAAAAGAGAUAUCCCAUCAGCUACUUACUUUGUAAGGGUUUAUGUUAUGAACUCAGCUGAUCAUGAGGUUGCUUAUGGUGAAACUACUACUGAUGUGAAACGUACUAGUAAUUUGUUUCAAAUUCAUGGGAUUACUGGUAGACAUGCUUCACUUGAUAUUGCUGCUGGAAUUUUCUCUGCCGUCUCUGUUAUUUCUUUGUUUGGAUUCUUCUUCAUGGAGAAGCCCAGAUCUAAAGUUUCUGAACAAAGUUAAAGCAUAAUAGAGUAGUAUACAAAACCUUUUUAUUGUAAUAAAUAAAUCCUUCUCCGUUGAGCUCGUGCAAAUUUUAGGAUGUGCCGAUUUAGUAGAUGAAUUUGCUUAUCUUGCCUUACACCCUUUUGUUUGCCUCGCAAUUGCUCGGCCACUUCUAUUUGUGAAAUAAAGAUAGGAUCAGCAUCUCUAUUAAGUUGACGGUAAUAUACGGCAAUCAAUCAAUUUCUGAUUGCGCACCAACCAAUGUAUUUUGCCAAGUGAUAGCUGUGGUGGUCAUGAGGCUCUACAUCCUUUCCUUGCAAUCGGUCAUUCGAUCCGUAAGGCGUAGUCGCAUACCAUGGUUCUAUUAUUCACAUCCUUGUCGCGAAAACAUUA